AUGGGUUUCUUCGGCUGGGACGACUCUCAAAACUCCCACGAGCAGGUCUACGGUGGCCAGCACGAGGGCAAGCUCUCCCACGAACUGAUUGCCGGCGCCGCCAGCUUCGAGGCUUUCAAGGCCUUUGAAGACCACCGCCGAAAGGAGGGCCAGCCAGUCUCCCACGCCUUCGCCAAAGAGGCUCUCGUCGGCCUCGUUGGCGCUGAAAUCGACAAGCUCGUCGAAACCAAGGGACUCGACGAGUACGACAGAAUCCAGGCCAAGCGUCACGCUAAUGAGAACGUGCAGGGUCUCUAUGAACAGCACUACGGUGGCCAGGACCAGUGGCACCCUGACUACGACCGUCCUCAGAGAUGGUAG